UCAAAGAUAAAUGAUAGUACUGUCGUUUAUGAAAAGGCCAAACGAGCUCUGUAUAUUGCUUGGAACAAAGUUAAAAAAUUACUAGUACACGGAGUUCAGAGUAAAAGAUAAGAGACAAAUAAUUGCUCUGAACAGUAGCCACGCGUCACUAAGAUUCCAUCAAUCCAUCAUUCACCGCCGCGCUCAUCUCGAUCGCGCGUGUGUGCGCGCGUGUGUCUCAAGAGGCCCAACGCUUCGAUCCCGGCCCAUGUAGAAGACGCAGACGCCGAAGAGCUCCGCCACCCACUCACCAGCACCGCGGCCAUGGGAGACACUACGAUGGAGGAGGAGGAGGAGGAGGAGGAGGAGGAGGAGAAGGGGCGGAGGCGGAGGCGGUGGCGGUGGAGGUGGUGGGUGGCGGUGGCGAUGCACUCCGUCCUCGUCCUCUCCGGCCAAUCCGCCGCCACCCUCCUCGGCCGCUUCUACUACGACCACGGCGGCUCCUCCAUGUGGCUCCAAACCCUAACCCUCUCCGCCGCCUUCCCCGUCCUCUUCCUCCCCCGCCUCCUCCUCUUCACGCCUCAAUCUCCGCCCCUGCCACCGCCUUCGCCGCUUCUGAAGCUCGGGCUCGCGUACGUGGGGCUCGGCCUGAUCACGGCCGUCGACAGCCUGCUGUACUCGUACGGCUUGCUGUAUCUGACGGUGUCGGCGUACUCGCUGGUGUGCGCCACCCAGCUGGGCUUCAACGCCGUCUUCUCCUACUUCAUCAACGGCGAGAAGUUCACCGACCUCACCCUCAACUCCCUCGUCCUCCUCACCUUCUCCGCCGCCAUCCUCGCCGUCCGCUCUGACGACGACCCCACCGCAGGAAGGCACUACGGGCUUGGCUUCGUGCUGACCCUCGCGGCGUCGGCAUUGUACUCCCUCAUCCUCUCCCUGAUGGAGCUGACCUUCGAGAAGCUCGUCCGCAGCCGGAGCCUGCGCGCGGUGCUCGACAUGCAGAUCUACACCGCGGCCGUCUCCACCGCCGCCGCCGCCGCGGGCCUCUUCAUCAGCGGCGAGUACAGAGGCCUGAGGCGAGAGGCCGAGGGGUUCGGCCGAGGCGAAGUGGGCUACGUGAUGACUCUAAUCUGGGCCUCGGUGGGGUGGCAGGUCACCAACGUUGGGCUCGUGGGCCUCAUCUCGGAGGUGUCCGCGCUCUUCUCCAACGUCAUCAGCACUCUCGGGAUACCCAUCGCGCCCGUGUUUGCCGUGAUCCUGUUUAAGGACAAAAUGGACGGGGUUAAGGUGAUAUCCCUCUUGUUGGCUAUCUGGGGAUUUAUAUCCUAUUUUUAUCAGCACUAUCUUGAUUAUAAGGCCCAGAAAAAGGCUACAGUACUGGGGGAAAGAGGAGACGCUAGAGACGCUUCUGCUUAGUCACCGGUUUAUAUGUAUAUAUAUAUAUACGAGGGUGUUUUUCGCUCUCUAAUGGGUUAAUGAGAAAAUUUUUAGCAAAACAAA